GCUUUUCUGUUGGACCGUAUGGCUAUACAGUGAUGGAGAAGGGGGGAAGGAUCCGCUGUAAAUUUCAAGACCUGGAAGUGAAUACCAGAGAAGCAAUGUUACAUGUAAAAGAUUCUAAAACAGGAUCCAGUGGCAUUCCUGUGAAAGUAGCUACCAACCUGUUUAGUCUAGGUUUGCCCAGGGAAUGGCAGCUUUACCAGUACCAUGUAACAUUUAACCCAGAGGUGGAAUCAAGGCGUUUACGGAUUGCGCUGGUGUACAACCAUGUUGAACUUCUUGGAAAAGCCAAAGUAUUUGAUGGAGCAAUCCUGUUUCUUGCACACAAGCUUGGGAACCAGGUCACAGAACUGUUUUGUGAAACCCAAAGAGGCAAUAAUAUAAAGAUAACUAUCACAUUGACUCAACAGCUGUGUUCCAGCAAUCCUGUGUGCAUUCAGUUCUUAAACCUCCUCUUUAAAAAGGUUUUACGAAAGCUGUCAAUGUAUCAGAUUGGACGAAACUUCUACAAUCCAUCUGAUCCAGUAGAAAUCCCUCAACACAAGCUGACUCUCUGGCCAGGAUUUGCUGUGUCAGUUGGGCACUUUGAGAACAGAGUAAUGCUCUGUGCGGACGUGAGCCACAAAGUCCUUCACAGUGAAAACGUUUUGGAGUUCAUGACUAAUCUGUAUGAUAAUGCAGAGAGGGCACGUUUUGCAGAAAUCUGUGAGAAGGAAUUGGUGGGGCUUAUUGUUCUUACAAGGUACAACAACAGAACAUACCGUAUUGAUGAUAUUGAGUGGUCUGUGAAACCCACAGAUACGUUCCAGAAGCGUGAUGGCACUCAGAUCUCUUACGAGGAUUACUACAAACAGCAGUACAAUGUAGUCUUGACUGAUCUGAAUCAACCAAUGCUUGUUAGCCAACUGAAGAGCAAAGGCAGCAGUUCUGCUGAAUCCCGCGUGGUGCAUCUAGUCCCAGAACUCUGCUACUUGACAGGCCUUGGCAGACAUGCAACUUCAGACUUUCGCUUGAUGAGAGAUUUUGCUCAACGGACUCAUUUGUCUCCAGAAUGCAGACACCAACAGCUGUCUAGACUUGCUGAUAACAUUCAGAGAAAUAAAGAUGCUCGCUUAGAAUUAGAGAACUGGGGGUUGCAGAUGGGAUCCCAGACACUCUUGACUGGUCGUGUGGUCACCUCAGAAAAAAUCCUCAUGCAGAAUGAGACCUGUUUGCCAGCGAACCCUGCGGAUUGGUUCAGAGAUUUGCACAAUAUGAAGAUAAUCAGCGGAACCCCUCUGGAGAGCUGGCUAGUCCUGUGUAGUUACAAAUACACGGAGCUGGCCCAUAAUUUUGUGAACUGUUUGAGAAGAGUAGGAAGGCCCAUGAAUUUUCGAAUUGAAUAUCCCAGAAUUGUGCAAAUAGAAGAGGGCCCUCUGCCAUUUGUGAAAGUCCUACAACAGCACAUGAAUCCUGAGCUGCAGCUGGUAUUAUGUGUAUUGUCUUCCAAUAAGAAGGACUGUUACGAUGCUGUGAAGAAGUUCUUGAGUCUUCAGUACCCUGUUCCUAGCCAGUGUGUACUUGCCCGUACAUUGACUAAACAAGGAAUGAUGAUGAGUGUGGCUACAAAAAUUGCUAUGCAGAUUAUCUGUAAGCUUGGAGGGGAGCUCUGGGCAGUUGAGAUACCACUGAAGUUCCUCAUGGUGGUCGGCAUUGAUGUCAACAAAGACACUGUGACCAAAGAAAGUUCAGUAGUUGGAUUUGUGGCCAGCCUGAAUGCCUCAAUAACUAAGUGGUAUUCUCGUUGCAUUUUGCAGCAUGCAGGAGCCAAUAUGGCAGAUUGUUUAAAGGUCUGCAUGGAAGGAGCUAUAAGGAAAUGGCAGAAAUGUAAUGGACAGCUACCUACACGCAUAAUAGUAUACCGGGAUGGUAUAGGAGAUGGGCAGUUGAAGAUGUUAAUGGAUUAUGAAGUCCCACAAUUGCUCAGUGUCCUCGAUGAAUGCAGUGGGGGCUGCAGUAUCGGGAGACCCAAGAUGUCACUGAUCAUUGUGAAAAAGAAAUGCCUUUGUCGCUUCUUCACUGAGUCUAACAGGAGCCUGAAGAAUCCUCCUGUUGGGACUGUUAUUGAUACAGAAGCCACCCAACCUAAAUGGUAUGACUUUUUCUUGAUUAGCCAACUGGCAGGCCAAGGUACUGUCAACCCCACGUACUAUAACGUGGUUUAUGAUGACAACAGGUUAAAGCCAGACCAUAUGCAGCGGCUCACUUUUAAGUUGUGUCACCUCUACUAUAAUUGGCCUGGGUUAAUCAGAGUGCCAGCACCUUGUCAAUAUGCCAACAAGCUGACAUUUUUGGUCAGCCAGAGCAUCCAUAGAGAGCCAAGCCUAGAACUUGCAGACAAGCUUUUCUAUUUGUGAAGAUGCUGGAGGAGCUGCAGUGA